UUUUAAAGCCGAGUUGAAGCGGUGUGUUUUUACAUGAAGGUGGAUAAAGGGAGCGGGCUAAGGCUAAGGCCCAUGAUCCGGUGCGGGUGAGAUCUAACAGUAAGGAACGGACAUUGAAAUAUGAAAACACACAGACCUAAUCAAUCGGUCAUCCCAAUUUCCAAAAGACAAAACAAACUCACUCUCUUCUGUUCGAUUCAUCCAUAGCAGGGAACACAAAAUGGUGUCGUCGAAGGUGGUGAAUACGUAUCCCUUGUCCAGCUACACCUUCGGCACCAAGGAGCCCAAGAUGGAGAAGGACACCUCCGUCGCCGAUCGUCUCGCUCGUAUGAAAGUCAACUACAUGAAGGAAGGGAUGAGGACCAGUGUCGAAGGAAUUUUACUGGUACAAGAACACAAUCAUCCUCAUAUACUUCUUCUGCAAAUAGGAAACACAUUCUGCAAACUACCAGGUGGUCGUCUCAAACCAGGAGAGAAUGAAACUGAGGGCUUGAAGAGAAAGUUGACUAGCAAGCUUGGUGCUAAUUCACCAGCUCUUGUGCCUGACUGGGAGAUUGGCGAGUGUGUUGCAAUUUGGUGGAGGCCAAAUUUUGAAACUAUAAUGUAUCCAUACUGCCCUCCUCAUAUAACUAAACCCAAGGAGUGCAAAAAGCUUUUCCUUGUUCAUCUGUCUGAGAGAGAAUACUUUGCAGUGCCCAAAAAUUUAAAACUGCUUGCUGUUCCGUUGUUUGAACUCUAUGACAAUGUCCAGAGAUACGGGCCAGUUAUAUCCACCAUUCCCCAGCAACUGUCCAGAUUCCAGUUUAAAAUGAUCACCAAUUAAACGUAAAUUGAAGCUUGCAUGCUGAUAAAUCACUAUUUUUAUUUGUUAUUUUCGUAACUAGGACUGACAUUAUCAUUGAGAGACUAGUUAGAGAACUGAGUUUUGAAGUGGGUUUCUGAAUAGAGUAAGCUUGUGACAUGGUUUCUCUGUUUUUAUUUACUGUACUCGAUUAUCAACCCAAGAUAUUAUCAUGUAAUCAAUUCGUAGGCUGUAUACCUAAGCCGUAGGAGAAAUCAAUGUGAUUAAGAAGUAUCUCGAUCCUAUGUAUGUUGCCUCUGCCCUGCUCAGGAUGCCAAAAUAUUGGAAUGGAAGGGGUAAGGAAUGGAUGACAUUGGUUUUUAGUGUAAGUUUUUGUGGUGAAAGGAAUUGAGUGACAAAAUUAUACGCAUGAAUUCCAACAUAAUCCUCAUGGGGCAAAAUGUAUAAAACAACGGCUAAGUUUAAACUGUACUUUUACUUAUUAAAUACAGAGUUUUAGUGUAUGUGUA